UCUCUGCCCGCGAGUGGCAUGGCUGCCCCCAGCUCCGUGGGCUCUGGUGGUGCAGCUAAUGCUGCGAGGUAGCCAGUGUUAGCUACCCGUACCCAGGCCGGCCCCCAGGCUCUCCAGGACCAAGGUCCCAGUCUCCGGUCUGGCCGCAGGGCCCGGGAUCUGAGGAGCAUGGAUUCUUCUUUGAAUACAUGGGACUUCUCCUCACCUUUAAUAUCAUUAUGGAUAAACAGGUUUUACAUAUAUGUGGGUUUUGCCUUUGGCAUUAGCCUUUGGAUUUGUGUCCAGAUUGUCAUCAAGAAGCAGGACAAGAACUCACAGGAGAAAUCUGUUCCAAAAACAACUCAGGAUUUAGUGACCAAUGGUUAUAUAUCUCUUCAAAAGAAAGAAGUCUUUGUAUCUGGAGUGAAGAUAUUCUAUGGUUCUCAGACUGGUACAGCAAAGGGAUUUGCAACAGUUCUUGCCGAAGCAGUUACCUCCCUAGAUCUGCCUGUGACAGUUAUUAAUCUGAAAGACUAUGAUCCGGAUGAUCAUCUCGUAGAAGAGGUCGCUAGUAAAAGUGUCUGUGCCUUCCUGGUUGCUACGUACACUGAUGGUCAGCCGACCGAGAGUGCUGAGUGGUUCUGCAAAUGGCUGGAGGAGGCAUCUCACGAUUUCCGAUUUGGCAAAACUUACCUGAAGGGUAUGAGAUAUGCAGUGUUUGGCCUGGGAAAUUCGGCCUAUGCGAGCAACUUCAACAAGGUUGGCAAAAAUGUGGAUAAAUGGCUCUGGAUGCUUGGUGCUCACCGCGUGAUGACUCGAGGGGAGGGUGACUGUGAUGUGGCAAAAAGCAAACAUGGCAGCAUUGAAGCUGACUUCAGAGCUUGGAAAACCAAGUUCAUCUCCCGGCUGCAGGUGCUUCGUAAAGGAGAGAAAAAACCCUGUGGCGGCAACUGCAAGAAAGGCAAAUGCAAAUCUAAUCCACAUGGCCCAGAGGGAAAAGAGCCAGAGUCUCCCACUCAAGAUGGAUUGCCUCACAGAGACACUGAGGAGGAGGAGGCCUUUGAGAGUACCAGUGAGGAAGAGUUUGGAACUGAGGAUCACCAGAGUCUAAAUUCUGUUGUUGAUGUUGAAGAUCUUGGCAAAAUUAUGGAUCGUGUGAAGAAAGAAAAGAGAGAAAAGGAGCAGCAGGAAGAGGAAGCUAGUUUGUUCAGGAGCACAGGAAAGGAUGAAGACAGUGAAAGAAGAGCUAUGAUAACUCCUGCUCUCCGAGAAGCCCUUACCAAACAAGGCUAUCAGCUGAUUGGAAGCCACUCUGGGGUGAAGCUUUGCAGGUGGACAAAGUCAAUGCUCCGAGGGAGAGGAGGUUGCUAUAAACAUACAUUCUAUGGUAUCGAAAGCCAUUGCUGCAUGGAAACCACCCCUAGCUUGGCAUGUGCAAAUAAAUGUGUCUUCUGUUGGCGGCAUCACACCAAUCCGGUGGGCACCGAAUGGCGGUGGAAGAUGGACCAGCCUGAAAUGAUCCUAAAGGAAGCCAUCGAAAACCAUCAGAAUAUGAUUAAGCAAUUUAAAGGAGUACCAGGUGUCAAAGCAGAACGCUUUGAAGAAGGAAUGACGGUAAAGCACUGUGCUUUGUCCCUUGUGGGAGAACCAAUAAUGUACCCAGAAAUCAACACUUUUUUGAAGCUCCUCCACCAGUGUAAAAUCUCCAGCUUCCUGGUGACAAAUGCACAAUUCCCCAUGGAAAUCAGGAAUCUCAAACCAGUUACCCAGCUAUAUGUCAGUGUGGAUGCUAGCACCAAAGAUAGUCUGAAGAAAAUCGACCGCCCACUCUUCAAGGAUUUCUGGCAAAGAUUCCUCGACAGUUUAAAAGCCUUGGCAGCAAAGCAACAGCGUACUGUCUACAGGCUGACACUGGUGAAAGCCUGGAAUGUGGACGAGCUGCAGGCCUACGCGGAGCUGGUGGCCCUCGGGAGGCCCGACUUCAUCGAGGUGAAGGGUGUUACCUACUGUGGAGAAAGUUCAGCAAGCAAUCUGACCAUGGCCAAUGUGCCCUGGCAUGAGGAAGUGGUACGCUUUGUCCAGGAGCUGGUGGCUCUCAUCCCAGACUACGGAAUUGCAUGUGAACACGAACAUUCCAAUUGCCUCCUGAUAGCACACAAAAAGUUUAAGAUUGAUAGAGAAUGGUGGACGUGGAUCGAUUAUAACCGCUUCCAGGAACUCAUCCAGGAAUAUGAAAACAGCGGCGGCUCAAAAACUUUCAGCACAAAGGAUUAUAUGGCCAAGACUCCUCACUGGGCACUAUUUGGUGCCAAUGAAAGAGGCUUUGAUCCCAAGGACACAAGAUAUCAGAGAAAGAACAAAUCAAAGGAUAUUUCUGGAUGUUGAAGUGAUCUUACUUCAGGAUACUGAAGGACAAAAACUGGAUGGUCCUCGAAGGCUCUCAGACUCCACUGUGAUUUUUUUCAAGGACAAAUUACGCAAAUUAUAUUUUAUAUAGAGGAGAUGUGAAGGCAAAACAUGGGUACACAAGUCAUGUACCUGGGGUGGGGAGGCGGCACCCACACUCUGAGUGCUUGAGACUCUGCCUCAGGAUAUCUUUCCAGAACUUAGUCUCGCUCUGAUUUUCUGAAAGGAAAAUUGUUUCGGGGGGAGAAGUACCCACAAUCAUUAUUAGAAUUUAAAUGAUAAUUUUCAAUUAUAAUUAGUAAGACUCCCUGAAAUGCCAUUCAUGGGAGUGUUAUGUGAGGAAAGAAUAUUCUCCCUUCUUGCCGGGCCGUUGGUUUUUGUGGCGCCUCUCCUGGGAAUUGAAUUAUACUUCCCUGAGGUAAAUGUAUCUGCUCCUUUUUAAGAGAAGAACUCAGUCCCUUUCUUAUAUCUUAACAUAGCAUCUUAUGAAACGUUCAAGUUUGUCACAGUUCUCAAUUAAUUUAAAAUACCACAUAGAUUGCUUUAAACUUUCGUUUAGUACCAACUCUUUGUGAAAUGGAAUUGGCACUGAACUACACUAGAUCCCUUUCUGUUCCAAAACAAAUUACCAGACGAGGUAAUAGAGGGGCUGGAGUGAAAACUUUAUUCAAUAAGAAGAGCUCCCAGAUGAUGGUGUUGAGUAACUCCCCUCACAAACUUUGAAGCAAUGAGUAUAAUUUGCUUUUUGUUUAAAAAGUCAGGGUAAAAGUCUCUGAUCACUAAACAUAGCAGGUCUCCAUCUUCCUUCACACUGGUCGCCCAGGCUGCUUUGCACCAGGCAUUCUCUAAGGUUCAGUUUUGUCCAACUGAACCCAUCAUUAAAUACUCAAUUGUUUUUUCUUUGAAAGUUGUUAUAGUUAUUUACAAAUUCCUUUAUCCAAAAAUUGAAUUAAUAAAAUAAUCUUUUGUACAGACUUGA